AACUAAACGGACGCGAUUGGAGUUCGACGGGGAUUGGUCUCGCAUUCACACGACGCUCGAACCUCCAGUCACUCGGGCCACCUUUUUUCUUGGAUAAUGCAUUCUCGCAGACGCCAUCCCUAGUCCCGAGGCCUUCGCGAUGAACGGCGCUGCGUCGAGAAGAGGCGGCUCGGCAGGAGGGUCAGUAGGACAACGGAACAAUGGCUUUGCUCCCGCGGAGAGCUUUCCUCCUCCGGGGCCUCAGCCCAUCAUGACGCCGACCGGAAAGGCGCUGGUGGAGGGGUACAGGAAAGACAUCUUGAGCAGCUUCGAGAAGGACAAGCAGCUGUACAAUCCAUCGAACGAGAACCGGCCGCAGAGUUCCGCGCUUGUCGACCUGAAAGACCCGAUCCAGGUGCAUCUGCUGACCGAGACCGCCCUAACCGAUAGCAAGACGUUCGAGAUCCUGUCGCCGGAAGAGGUGGACGACCUCAAGAAGCAGGUCCAGUUCCUGUCGAUGCGCGUCGAGCAGGCGCGAGCGAACCUGGCGAUACAGGUCAAGUACCGCGAUGCCGCGAUAUCCAUGGCCAGGCUGUACUCGUCCUCUAAAGCGGAUGGCAAGAGGAAGAGCCUGCUGGGCAAUCGCAUGAGCGACUCGGCCAAAGAGGCCGAGAUGGAGAAGCAGGCGUGCGAGCGCCGCUGCGAAGAGUUGGCUAUGGAGCUGUUCUCCCUCGAGAAGCGCCUCAUGGAGCCACAACGCCGUCUGCUGCAGCACACUGCGGGCAUCCUGCAGAUGACGCACCGGGCCUCUUCCAAGAAGUCGGGCCAGAUGCCGGUUGCGCCCAUGAUGAACGGCAUUCCCGGCAGCCCCGAGAGCCUCUACACCUACACGAACACCCGCAAUAGCAUGGACAUACCUAGCGACGAUCUCGAUUUCGACAAGAAUCUGUACCUCCCGCUCGACCAGGUGGACGGCCCGACCACCCGUCCGCGCAAGAACACCAUCGAGAUACCUCUAAAGUCGCCGAUCCGGGAGCAGAACGCUCAGCUGAGGGAGCUGCGCGAAGAGCUGGAGAAGGCGAGGGAGGAGAACGAGCAGCUGAAGACGGCCGAGCAGCAGCUCCGGGACGAGGUUGCGCGGUUGCAGUCGAGGCAUCAAGAGCUGAUGGACGAGCACGCGAAGGCUGCCGAGGAGAACAUGCGCAUCAAGGCCGAGACGGACCGGUUCAGAGAUGCCGACUCGCGGCUCAGGGCGAUUGAGCAGCACAUGAACACCGAGACUGAGGCUCUCCGAGCUCAGAGCGAAGGGCAGCUGAGGACAAUCUCGGACACCGAGGCGAAGCUCGAGGCCCUGAACCGCAAGCUCCGGGAUGUGGUCGUGGCAUUUAACCCAGCGAAAAACGGGGGGUUCGAGGCCCCAGACGCUGCCGCCGGCUCUGGCGAGACGUUGCCCAGCCAGCUGGAGUAUCUGGAAACGGGUCUCGCCGCGGCCGCGGAGGGGCAGAAGCUGUAUGCAGCUGAAGCGUCAGCGCUCGAUCAAGCCACAGCUCGCGUCAAGGCGGUGGCCGGCCAAGUCCAGGCCUUGCUGCAGCAGUCCGAUCCUGGCCAGCCGCCAGCCCCGGAAGGCGAUCUAGACGAGCAGCUGAACUACCUGGAAGGUGCUCUCGAGACCGUGAGCCUGGAGCUUGCGCGUGCGCUCGAGGCGGCGUCGUCCGCCUCGACCAAAAAGCAAAGCGAUGAUCAAGUCGAUGCGGUUCUCAUGGGCUUGUGGGAGAUCAUCCAGACCGGCCACGCCGAGAUCGAGCAGCAGAGGGCAGCGCGCAGACAGGCCCGCGCCUUGGGUCAAGGGGGCGACGAGGAGGACGAUUUGUCCAGCAACGAGUUCGAGGGCUACACCACUGAGCCGUACUCGCUGCAAGCCUUCUCGGCCAAGGUCCAGUGGCUGUAUGCGCAGGCUACGAACCUUCGCGAACAGAAGGCCAUCCUGCAGCGGCAAAUCAAACAGCAGCGCGAGCUCAACAACCGAAGCGAGUCCGAAAAAGACCGCGAACUCCAGGCCAAGACCGAGGAGCUCCUACAAACCCAGGCCCUCCUCGACGAUGCGGAGCGCGCCGCCAACGAAGCCCAGGCCCAGCUGCAGCAGGUCCUCUCCGACAUGGACACCCUCCAGAAGACCACGGCCGCCAACGAAGCCGCGUCGGCGUCGACGACCAAGGCCGCCCAAGAGCAGCUCAAGGAACGCGCCGCCCGCAUCACCACGCUCGAAUCCGACGUCCGCGAGGCCGAGUCCCGCCUCGCCGCCGCGGAAGCCGCGCUCGCCACCACACAAUCCGAGCUCGAACAAUCCGCCGCCGCCCGCGCAGCCGCCGAGGCCGAGCAGGCCGCCCUGCAAUCCCAGCUCUCGGCCGCAACCGCCGCCGCCGAGUCCGCCUCGGCCCAGGUGACCCAGCUCCAGCAGGACCUGCGGUCCAAGGACGAGGAGCUGGACCGGAUGAACACGAUGGUGGUGGAGCUCAAGACGGAGGUGGCGAUCGCCAAGGCGGAGCUGGACGGGGCGUACGGCACGCGGCGGCAGCGCGCCGCCGAGGCGGCCGCGCUGACCAACUCGAGCCAGUCGGAGGAGCUCAACGCGCAGAUCGCGCGCCUGCGCGCCGAGCUCGAGAACGCCCUCCGCGAUCUCGAGGAGAUCACCGCCGAGUCCAUCGCCGCCGAGCGCGAGCGCUUCGAGAUGGAGGGCCGCCUCGACGAGGCCGUCGGCCUCAAGGCCGAGCUCGAGGCCGAGGUCCAGACCCUCAGGGACCGCCUGGCCAGGGUGCAGGAGGAGCUCGAUGCCGAGAGGCUCAAGGCGCCCGUGCCGGUUUCGCCUGCUCCCGGUGGUGCUAAUGGGGCCGGCGCGGGCAGGGUUGGAGCGGGUGCCAGCAUGUUGAGCGAGCAGUUCCGCGGCGUCAUGAAGGAGGAGCGGCGGAAGUUCCAGGAGGAGUUGAAGGAGGAGCAAGCGAAGCGCCGGAAGGUGGAGGAGGAGCUGCGUGCUCUGAAGAGGAGCCAGGCCGCCGGCGCGUCGACUGCGCGGGCCGCGCUCAGCCCGAGGUGAUUCCCUGGGUUGGUGAAUCAAUUGACGGUGAGGUGGGAUAGAAGACAGACAGGUUGCAUGACUUACGAGGUGCUCCCAUUCUUCACAGCACACAGUCCGCUUCUUGUUUGGAGAGCAUUUUGAACUUGCCGGCAUGGGGGUUGCGGGUAUGGUAUAUACCAUUUUUCUAUUCUUCGUCUGCAACGAGUUAUCUACCAUUCAAUGGGGUUGACGGCUUGGGAGAUGCUGCAUUGUAUUAUACAAGGUUGG